CAUCGUAACGUAUACAUAGAACAGAUGUCUUCACUAAUCAGUUACCAUUAAAGAAGAGAAGCCAUUGAUAUCACCAACAGAUUCAGCCUCUGAGAGCCUUGUUACAGACUGAUAAUGGGUGCCAACAAUACAAAGACCCCCGUCGUCGACUUGGAAGAGAUCUUGAAAUCGUGGGCAUGGAAUGUAUUUGUCAAAACUGACACUUACAAAGAGAAAGGUGCACCUCGUUUGACUGACGUCGAUAUCGACAUUGUAUGGGACAGGGUACGUUUCUCCACCAGCGAACCAGCGUUUGGAAUAAAACAAGGACCGUUCCCUGUCGAGUCUCAAGUCGUGUUCAAGGCGCAUUACAACAACAAAACUUCUGAAAUUCAAGAACAGAAUUUCUCAACAUCAAGAACAACAGUUGCCAAGGCCACAACUGUACUAACACGAGGAUUCACACGAGGCAUGAACACCGACAUUAAGAUUACAGUUCCACCGGAAGUCGCUUAUGCCACUUCCGGUUUUGGGAACAAGGUGAGCAUCCAAACGGACGAGGUGAAUACUGUCGAACACACGCUGACCUGGACAACUAACUCAAACAUUCGACUUCCACCAAAGUCCAAAAUGCUGGCUCAAUUACAGGUUAGCGCAGAACAAUUUCAAUGUGAUUUUUCCGCAUAUGUUACAUUCAAAGGAACUGUUGUGUUGCCUAUCAAGGACAGAGGGACUGGUGCGUUCAUAGAGGCAGUUCAGAAUGACAUUGCGACCAUUGUGAAGGAUGAACUAAAAAAACGGAACAUCAAAUACAACACCUCCGACCCAGAAGACAUCACGCUCAAUGGCAAAACAGUUCAGUGGCCAAUUUCCGGGGAACUCCGUUUCAAAUAUGGCGUCACACAGGAUGUGCUUCUGGACCAUUUAAACGGAUCGACGUAUGACUAGUGCUCGUGCGCAUGCUUACCGUCAAAGUGUGUUCGAAUCCAGAACUUGUUCAGUUUACGAAGCAUGUCUUUCAGCUUGCUACUGUUCCAGUCUGAUGUCAAAGCACGAAAAAAACUGUCAACUGUGAAAUAUACCCAUCUAUUUGUCAAUAGAGUGUGACAUUCAAAUAUGAAAACUGUGACAUAUACCAGUAAUCUUUAUAUCUUCUGUCUUCAUUGAUCCAAUGUAUAUAAAUUGUUAUGUUACGUCUGUGAUAGUUCAUGUGACUUUAUUAAAUUACUGUUCAUAAUAAACAUGAAAUGCCUUGUUGGUUUGCUUCAUGAAUCCUCAUUAUGUGAAACGUUGUUGUUUCUAGUGCUGGUAGAUCCGUGCAAUAUCACAUAAUAUGAUCUGUCAUUUGGGAUUUCCUUUGACGGGAGU